AUGGCGGGCUCCUGCAAGCGCAUCGCCCUCUUCGGGGCCACCGGCAUGACCGGCUCGGCCACCCUGGCGCAGGCCCUCGAGGCGGGUAAGAGGGAGGCCGGGGCACGAAGGCCCCCCCCGCCCCCACUCUGGCAGCCAGCCCACGUCCUUGUGGGAGACGUGCUGAAUCCUGAGGACGUCAACCGGACCGUGAAGGGCCAAGAGGCUGUGAUUGUCAUUCUGGGCACCCGCAAUGACCUGAGUCCCACCACCAUGAUGUCUGAAGGCACUCGGAAUGUGGUGGAAGCCAUGAAGGCCCACGGGAUCCGCAAGGUCGUGGUUUGUCUCUCAGCAUUCCUGAUGUGGGAUUUGGAGAAGGUUCCUGCCAAGUUGCGGCCACUGACUGAGGAUCACAUCCGGAUGCAGCAGAUCCUGAAAGAGUCCGGGCUGGACUGUGUCUACGUGAUGCCUCCCCACAUCGCAGGUGACCAGCCGCUCACAGGAGACUACACAGUCACAGUGGACUCAUCAGGGGGCUCCAGAGUCAUCUCGAAGCACGACCUCGGGCACUUCUUCCUCAAGUGCCUGACUACCGCUGAGUAUGACGGGAAAAACGUCUACCUGUCAAGGCAUUACCCCAAGGAGUAGUGCCAACCCCUCCACAUCUCUCCCCUCCUUCAAAAUCCAGAUGGAGACUGGAGAGAUGGCUCUUUGGCGAAGGGAAACUCUGCAUUUCUGCUUUGGCCUAUCCAACUUCCCCCAAUCCUCGACCUUUCCAAUUUGGAGUACCUGGUGGCUGCAAAUCUCACUGUGUGGUGCAGAGGCAAAACAGUGGCUGAGAUUCUGCCUCAUGCCAAGUGCUGUCACUACUGCCCAGGGAGCAAGCGGCCUUUCUUUCCAGGACCCCCUCCCCCCGCCCAGGCUGGCAUACUUUGCUGUGUACCAGGCAGUGGGGAUAUUAAAACUGCCCAUUGUUGUU